AGGCCUCCUCUUCUGAUUCUUUUCUGUGGAUUGGGCAUUCUUGUCCCUUUCCUCACUGUUGUCCUCACCUCUGCUUCAUUUUGCUCUCUUUGGAGAAAAGCCACUGGCACACAGAAGGACCUGAAGGGAGGAGGCCCAAUAAACAGGGCUGGAAGGAUAAGGAUAGGGACAGUGGGCCAGAGGGCCAGGUGGGAAGGAGUCAUGGGGUGAAACUGCCCAGCGUGGGGUGACAUGUCCUGGCUACCAUCUUGGUGGUCACUAUCUGCAUUUGACCAUGCUUUCUCCCCUCCCAUCGUGGCUUCCGUCUCACAAGAAUCCCUACUCCGGUCUUCUCUUCUCACUGUGAGAAAAUUGCUAGAGGCUCAGAUUUCCAGCUGUCAGCCCAAAUGGCCCCCUCUGACCUUUGUCCUGUUUCAGACAGUUGAUGGGGGUGGAAGUGGAUGGGAGGAAAUUCCAGUCUACCUUCCAGCUUGUCCACUGCUGUGUUCCCAGCUCUAUGAAGCUUGCAGUGGACAAGAGGCAGCUGGAGGCCUCUGCUCUGAGAAGUCCACCCUCUGGUCACAUGCCCGUGAGGGGCUAUAGGGCCUCCCCAGGACCCCGGGGACUCCAGUGUGGGCAGGGUGCUGGGGCUUCAGGUCCUUCUGUGUCUGGUGAUGCCCACUGCUGCCCUUUGGCGCGUGUCUUCUCUCAAGUCAGUCGCAUUUCCUCCCAGGAGCAUCAGAUGGCCCAGCUGCCGGUUGGUACUCACUUUUCUUCCACAGGAUCCAGCUUUGGGGCUUGCCGAUGCCAUGUCGGAGGGCAUGGAAUUUGCUGAUAGCAUGGGGAGCCCAGGUGUCCCACCACCUGUGGGAAGGUGUGGGGUCCUGGGCCUGGCUCCCUCCCUCUGCUCUAAUUAUACUACUGAAAGGCAGGAUAUGAAGUCGUCACAGCCUCCCUGCAUCCCCUCCCCCAUGCCAGACCCUCAUCAUGGCAGAUGGACCUGGGCUCUCCUUUCUGGGUUGGGCCAGCAUAGAACAGUGUUGGAGUGGCCACUACCCAUGGCUGAGAGUGCUAACGUCAGAUGUUGGCCUUUGUCUUUCCGGCCUAGUCAAGCCUUUUCAGGAGACAGUUCUCUGGGGUUCUGUCUGUCAGGCUGGGAGAAGCAGUACUUUGUCCUGGGAGCUGAGAUGUUUCAUGUCCCCCAUGACAAAGUGUUUUGGAAAGCUUGAAGUCUGCAAAAGAAGCACAGAAAUUGAGACUGACCUCUUGGGACACCUGUGCCUGCCCUGACUCUGGCAGGGCAUAACAACCUGGUUUUCUGAUACCAGCUAGUGGCACUGGAAAAGCUGCUUGAGAUGUGGCACCUUGCCCUUUCCUGAAGCCAUCCUGUAAUUGCUGUAGACAGUGGGGCCUUCCAGUGAAGCCCCUGUUACCUGAGUCCUAGGCUGCCCAUUUGGCAUGGUUACAUAAUGUCCUGCAGGAUGGCCACUCACUGCCCUAGGAGCUCGUCUCUGGGAAAUGAAAGACAGGCCAUGCAAGGUAUCAUCCCAGGACACCUCUGUGCCCCAGGGGGUGCUGGGUCAUGCCAGCUGGCUGGAGCCACCCCUGGAUGUGGCGCAUGUCCUCUCUAACUUCAUGAGUCUCAUGGGCUCCCUGGCCAGGGCCUUGUACAUCCUGGGCACUCUGUAGGUAGCCUUCCAUCUGUUCACAUGAGUCCAUGAACACCUUCCUUUGCUGGUGCCAGGCCCAGUGGCAGGGACAUCCAGGCCCAGCUUCUACACUCAUGGAAAGUGUGACCCAGUGAGAGUGACAGAUGGGAUACCAGGUCCCCAGGAUCCAGGACCAGUCCUGGUGAGACAGGACAGAGGGAGGCUGGGCCUACACACAAAAGAGGGGCAUAUGCCACCAUAGGGCUGGUCUUCCCUGUGAGGAAUGUUGGCUGAGACCCAAAGAUGGCCACCACAGUUCCUCCUGCUGGCAGACAGCGCUCCAGGCACAGGGAACAAGAGGGCGGAGCCCUGCAGAGAGUCUUCCAGAAAACCUAAUUCCAUUCUCUGGAUCUCACUCUAUGUGUCCAGUAGGGGAUGAAGCCAGGUGUCACCUCCUUCUCCCAGCACCCUGAUCCUGUGGUGGGGGUUUGAAGCCCCCCCCAUCUUAAUGGAAGGCCAAAUUGAAUAUUAACACGUUUUUGAGAAUGGUACCCUGUUUGUUCAACACGGCCAAACCGGACAGACCCUGCCAUAAAGGAGGGGGCCAUCGGGCAACUCAGAGGCCAGCAGGGCAUCCUGGAUGGCAGAAGGGGAGAGCUCUGUGGGUGGAGUGAAGGAAGUGGGCCACUGCCCAUGGAUCAGGCCUAGGAAAUGCUAGCCACUGCCUCCAGGAGUCCUCCAUUCAUCCAUGCGGCAAACCUUCAUCAGGCUCGCCAGCCGAGGCAGAAGGAACUGUGCCCAGGAGAGAACAAGGGAGACACUAGCAAGGGAGACUGAGCCCUGCCUGACUCAGUCUGGUGGUGAAGACCAGGAGAGCCUCGGUGGGGGGCUGGUCAAGUGCAGCGUGUGCAUUGAGCCCAGAGAAGCAGGGCCAGCCAGGCAAGGGGCAGUGGGUGGAUUAUUUGAGUCUCUGAAGGAAAUGAGGUAUGGUUCACGUUGUCCUUAAGAGUCUCCAGGAGAUUGCACUGGCUUCAGGGCUACAGGUAGUGCCCUCGGAAGCACCGGGGAUGGGGCAGCAAGAGUAAAGUCCAGCUGUGUGAGAUACCAGGCUCUGUUGCCAUUGCUCUGUGUCCGCCACCCUUCUGAUCCCUUCCUUGCUGUCCCUGUCCCCAGCUCUCCUAUGUGGACGCCGAGGGCAACCCUGUGGGCGUUGUGCAGAUGACCUUCCUACGGCUGUUGAGUGCCUCUGCCCAUCAAAACGUCACCUAUAACUGCUACCAGUCAGUGGCUUGGCAGGACGCCGCCACGGGCAGCUACGACAAGGCCAUCCGCUUCCUGGGCUCCAAUGAUGAGGAAAUGUCCUAUGACAACAGUCCCUACAUCCGCGCCCUGGUGGAUGGCUGUGCGACCAAGAAAGGCUAUCAGAAAACGGUUCUGGAGAUUGACACCCCAAAAGUGGAGCAAGUGCCCAUCGUCGACAUCAUGUUCAAUGACUUUGGUGACCCAUCACAGAAAUUUGGAUUUGAAGUGGGGCCGGCUUGCUUCCUGGGCUAGGAGCUGUGGAGCCCCGGUCUCCCGAGCAACCUCGUGACCUCAGCACGCUGCUUGUGAGCGUCCUGCGCACGGCCAUCCUGAACAGUGAAGGUUUCUCGCCCCUGCCCGCCCAACUCCUCUGCGCCUUGGCACCGUGUGGCACUGGACCCCACACCCAGAGAGAACAAAGGGAAAGAGCCAGCCGUGUCCCAUGGAGCCGAAUCACAUGACCUAGCCACAGCACAGCCUCUUGGCCACCCCUCACGAUCCUCUACACCACAUGCCACGGGGAAGGGAGGGGGCCCCACACCCUGGCCCCCGGCUCGCUUGCCCACCUGAUGGUUGAUCAUUGCAUUCAUGGACCCUUUGCAGGGGGUGGGGGAGGGGCUGCAGUGUUUGGAUGUCACUUUUUUAAAAUUCAACUUGAAGAUGUGUAUUUCCCCUGACCUUCAAAAGAUGAUCUGAGGCAGCCUGGUUAAAGGUCGCCGAAGCCUCGGUUUUUCACAACACUCAACAAGAUCCACUUAGAGGCCAAAUGUCAUUCUGCAUGUGCCUUUCUGAUGGAUUAAAGGUGCUUAUGUUUUUGUGAGUUUUAAGUAAAUAUUUCUAUUGUAUUGUUAUAAACGUUAAGCGUGCCUGACUUUCAAUCAUCGUGCGUGGAAACCCAGCCUCAGGCCCACUGGGAGACCGGGCAGGUGGGGUGAGGUAUCGCCUGGGUUGUGAUCCAGUCCUGAUUAGAAGCUGGAAGUCUCCCCACCCUGCCCAUCAAGAACGUGCAAUAAAUUGGAAAUUCGCCCAGGUCAGCAAGAAGCCAUGCCGCUGCUGAGAUUGCAGGUCCCAGGGCCCCUUUCCAGACUUUGUUGUUAUUAUUAGCUCUGGAUUUUUCAGGGGGAAGAAAGAGAUUUUAAUACUGUGCCUUUUCUUCAUGCACUUACACUAAAGCACGGCAGCAUAAAUGAGUUGUGGUUGCUCCUGUUUUCCUUCCUGCAGAGCCUGACAGGAGAGCGUCCGGGCAGGGAAACCUCGUUCUGUUGAGAUAAUUACGAACAUUGGUGCUGUUUUUUAGCCUCCUUUCUUGUGGUGCUAUGUGUUCUGAGAUGUCCUGGAAGGCAACACUGGGGUCCCUGGCCGCAGCUCAUUCUCCCAUCCCCCUGUAUCCUGGUCAUCGCUCUACAGCCUAACCUUUGCCAAGGAUCUGAAAAUUAGUGCCCUCCACCUUCCUUCCCAGCAGGCUCAGGAGUGGCUGCUUGUCCCACAUGCUUGGUGGCGGGUGUCCCUCCAGAGUCCUGUCAGCACUACCUUGUGCCUACUUGAUUUGAAAAUACACACACGCAACACACACACAGAACAUAGGCGUCCUGCAUUGUACACGGUGUAACCAUGGCAGAUUGUGUUCGGUUGCCGAAUUGCUCCUGGUGCUAAUUUUGUGUUUGUUCCAAGGACUGAACGGAAGCUGUUCGUGCCCCAUGUGCACCCCCGCCAGGCUGCCUCGCACGUGGCCAGGCAGACCGAGAAAUGUGCAAUGAACUGAGUCUCCAGGGCUGAGGCAGCACCUCCUGUCAGUGAAAGCCGUGGGUUUCCACCUGCAGGUGUCCUGGGUGCGGGCCAUCAGCUCGGGCUGGCACGGUUCCCUCUGGGUGCUGCCCCUUCCCUCAUUCUCCAGGGCGAGGGCUACCUUCUGUGGACAGGAAGACCCCGGGGCUGGCGGGGAAGGGCAGCCCCUUACUAUGAAUGUUGCCUUCCUGUUGCGUCCCCUCCUUCCACCAUAGGAAAGGGAAAGGCUUGGGCCCUGGGAAGGAGCUGUUGUGCUCUGGUGCUCCCCACAUCCCCCUCCCCCCCAAAUGUGGUUGCUGUGGAGAAAACCACACGCCACCAAUGCCAGUUCCCAGUGUCCCCUGGAAAACAAGUCUUGUUCUUGCCAAAGGAAAGUCUGGUUUGGAGAAUGUUCCAAGGCCAGGAUGCCAGCAUGCAUCCGUGUCCACCAUGAAAAAGUCAUUUUGGAGGAUUGCCACCUGAUGCCCUGUGGACUCUGUCUAGGUCAUGUGAUUCUGUUUCGACCUUUCACCCAUGCAAUUUGUCCUUUUGUUCCGUCAUUUUCUUUUUCUGUUGGUCCCCUCAAAGUUGUCGUAAUUUGUAUUGAAGUCCAAAACAUGUCCUGUUCUUCCCAGACCAUUUUAG